AUGCACUUUCUACGCGUGGUUCCACAAGGGACUCUCUGUGUUGUGUGGUGGAAGGAAGGGCUUGCUGAUGGCUCACUGGACGUACCUGAAUGGGCGCCUGCUUAUGCCUUGUUCCAUUACUCCCUUGCUCCCUUGCUCCCUUGUUCCUUUACCCGCCCUUCCUUCUGUGCUCCCAUCUCCUCCCACCAGCCAGUGGCAGCACUCACGCGCCGCAGCUUGGAUCAGACCACCCUGUCGCUCUCCAAUGUGCCAGUGGCAGCUCUCACCCGCCGCAGCUUGGAUCAGACCACCCUGUCGCUCUCCAAUGUGGUGGGGCCGCUAGAAGAGGUGGCACUGCACGGCCACCCCAUCUCUGCCAUUAUUCCUUCGGUCGUUGGCAGCAACCAUGUGAGUGUACCGCAUCUUUAA